AAAUUUAAGUAACUUUUUAUUUACCGCAUGGUUUAUUAUUUUGAGUUUUUUUCUUCCGCAUUUUAUAUUCUUCAUUUUUCCUUGUCCAUCGAGAAAGAGAGACAAAAAGAGGACGCAAUUGCCGGUGCUGAGGAGAAUUUUCCAAUCGCGAACUCAGGGGACGUCAUGCUAAAUGAGAAUCUGUGGGUUAAUUCGGAGUGAGAAGGCUAUAAUAGUUUCUAAUGGGGAUAACAUAUUUGCACAUUUCCGUGGCAACAACAGCUUUGAGCUUUGUGGGUUUACAAGUCUGGACGGAGUUGUCUCUUGAUAGACUUAGAGCUGAUGGGAUAAUCACCAAGAACAUUUCUUUAGGGAAUUCUGAGAAUACCCUUGAGCUUCUUCUGAGUUCUCACACUACAAUUGCAUUGCUGGCAAGUUUUGUUCUCAAUAUCUACAUUCUUCUUGUUCUUUCUCUCAAGACUCUGUUUUUUGGAGAUCUAUAUGCCAUUGAAACUAGAAAACUGGUGGAAAGGCUUGCCAAUUACAUCAUUUACAAGGGCACUUUUCUGCCAUUCGUGGUUCCACGAACAGUAUUUCAGGGGGUCCUAUGGACAAUCUGGUUGACUGUUCUGUGUACUCUAAAGAUGUUUCAAGCUUUGGCUAGAGAUCGGCUUGAUCGAUUGAAUGCAUCUCCUUCUUCGACUCCUUGGACAUACUUUCGUGUGUAUUCAGCACUGUUCAUGGUUCUCUCUACUGAUUUGUGCUGGAUAAAGCUUUCCCUUAUGAUAUACAAUACAGUUGGUUCGUCUGUCUAUUUACUGUUACUUUUUGAGCCAUGCGGUAUAGCUUUUGAGACCUUGCAGGCGUUGUUGAUUCACGGGUUUCAACUGCUUGAUAUGUGGAUCAACCACUUAGCAGUCAAGAAUUCAGAUUGCCAGAGAUCAAAGUUUUAUGAUUCCAUGACAGCAGGCUCGUUAUUGGAAUGGAAAGGCCUCCUCAACCGAAAUCUUGGUUUCUUCCUAGACAUGGCUACCUUGGUAAUGGCCCUCGGUCAUUAUUUGCACAUCUGGUGGCUCCAUGGAAUGGCCUUCCAUCUGGUGGAUGCAGUUUUGUUUCUCAACAUACGUGCCUUGCUAAGUUCAAUUUUGAAACGAAUAAAAGGAUACAUCAAACUGAGAGUAGCUUUAGGUGCUCUUCAUGCAGCUCUUCUUGAUGCAACUUCAGAAGAGCUACGGGAUUAUGAUGACGAAUGUGCUAUAUGUCGGGAACCAAUGGCUAAGGCUAAAAGACUUCACUGCAACCACCUUUUUCAUCUUGGCUGCCUACGAUCAUGGUUGGAUCAAGGUUUAAAUGAGGUUUACUCUUGUCCUACUUGCCGUAAGCCUCUUUUUGUUGGUAGAACUGAAAGUGAGGCGAAUCCUAGCAGAGGAGAAGUCUCAAGCGAUGAACACUUAGCCCGUCAAUUUGAGAGACAAAACAAUUCUGUGCAUGCACUAACCACUGGAAUGUUUCCAACUGAGACGCCAAAUUUCACCGAAAGUGAUCCUUGGAGACUGGCUUUCUUAAACGGGAUUAGCAGUUCUCACCUUUUUCUCAUGCCAUAUAGGAAUUCAGAGGUGGAUCCAAGCUGGCUGCAAACAUGGUCAGAUCAGGGUGUUGAUGUUGUGGGUUCCUCUGCAGGCUCCAGAUCCGUUGGGCUGGGGCAGGUUCAAUUGAUGAUGAGGCAUCUUGCAUCUGUAGGGGAAGGUUCUGCUCAGACUACACUUGACGAUGCUUCUUGGGGUCUCUGGCCAAUGAAUCCUUCGCAAGCAUCGACUUCAUCUACAUAUGUUCCUCCUGGUGCUGGAGGAAGAACAGGUGGUCUGCAUCUAAGAACUGUCUCCCGUGCAGCAAAUAACAUGGCGAGUAUACUAGCAAUGGCCGAGACAGUAAGGGAAGUCCUCCCACAUGUGCCUGAUGAAAUAAUUUUUCAGGACCUGCAAAGAACAAAUUCUGUUUCUGUUACAGUGAACAAUCUUCUCCAGAUGUGAAAAUUGGUUUGCCUAAAAGUAAUUAGCAGUUCCAUUCGAUAAGAUAGACGCAUCAGGAAACAUCCUUGUCUUUUAAGUUUGACUCACCACCACACAUUUAGAAGCGUUGUCUGCUGUAAAUAGGAGGCAUUCUUGCAACAGACUUUGCAAGAGUAAGAGGCUCUAGAGUAGAUUUUGUUCAUUGCUCUUGUGGGAUAAAUAAAGCUCAUUUAGUUGCAUUGUUCAGUCUGAUGUUGGAGGCUUUAUUCUCUGGAGCUGGUAACCAGUCUAUGGGAAUGCACGUCUGAGGACUGAUGCUACCUCCAUUUGUAUAAGAACGUGUAAUUUUACAAUAAAACAAAAAGCAGAAUGUAUUGUUAUUGAUCCAAUAGAUCUUCUCAAUUGCUGAACCGUUUCCUUAAAGCUGGGUCCUGCUGUCUACUCUAUACCGGUUUCUUUAGCUUGAAUUUGCAGGUUUCAUGGCUUCUUGGAACAGAGGAAAGACAUUCUGAGGGAACAUUCUUGGUCCAGAUGUUGGGUUCUUGGUUCUUGAAGCUCUUUUACUUUGAACUAACAUGUGUUAUUUGUUUUAGAAACACGCAGGAAUUGAGCAAUUCAAUAGGACUUUUUGAAGACAAGAUGUCUCGGAGAUUGUGUCAAAGCUCAAAAAGUAGUGUUAACAGUCAUCGUCAACCUCCAAACCAUCCUCGAGGCAGACAAAACCAUUAAGGUAAUUAAAACAAUUGCCUUCAAAAAG